AUGAGCUGGCCGCACACAUUGGCAUCAACUCUGUGUAGUUCUUCCGCUCAAGAAGUAGAAUCAAUCUGUAUUGAUGGUCUCUUUGUUGUUUAUGACUUCCUCACGGAAGGUGAAGAGGCCGAUAUCAUGGAGAUGAUUGAUGGAGUUGACUGGAUGCUAUCACAGUCUGGUAGACGCAAACAGGAUUACGGGCCAAAGGUCAAUUUCAAGCAUAAAAAAGUAAAAACGGACACGUUUGUAGGUACUUUCAUCUGACC